GAAUAAAUAGCUAGUUUGAAAAUGUCUUAAUUUAUGUCUCCUACUGAAUCUUUUAACCCCACUUGCACUUUCCCUCAUCUGGGAGUUUAGGAAGAAAUGCAGGUGCAGCCUACCAGGAUGGCAGGACACAAAUCAUUCUGUUUCACCAGCGGGAGCUAUUGUUACUUCCUGUGGCACUGGAUUCUAAGGAGUCUAAGUCAUAGAUCAGAUUUUCCUUAUAUAGCCCCCCAAAAAGCAACCUCAACACUUAAGUCGAGAAAUAAGUUGGAUAAAGUUGAGAAAAACAGUGGUCUUGGUACAUGGGAACGUAAACAGCGUGGUGCACUGCUGUUUUUCUGAGUGGCAAUCUGGACAAUUGGAUUCUCCUUUGGUCCUCCAUCCCUUUUCCUCAUACAAAAAAUGGGUGCAGUAGAGCCCAUGCAGAUUGACGUAGAUCCACAAGAAGAUCAGCAGAAUGCUCCUGAUAUCAACUAUGUGGUGGAAAACCCCACUCUGGAUUUGGAGCAGUAUGCAUCAAGUUACAGCGGUCUGAUGCGAAUUGAGCGGCUGCAGUUUAUUGCUGAUCACUGCCCACAGUUGCGAGUGGAAGCUCUCAAGAUGGCACUGUCAUUUGUCCAGAGAACUUUCAAUGUUGAUGUGUAUGAGGAAAUCCACAGAAAAUUGUCUGAGGCCACCAGAGAACUGCAGAACACACCUGAUGCUGUUCCUGAUAGUGGAAUUGAACCCCCUCCUCUUGACACAGCUUGGGUUGAAGCUACACGCAAAAAAGCUCUUCUUAAACUGGAGAAACUGGACACAGAUCUGAAAAAUUACAAAGGGAACUCCAUCAAGGAGAGUAUCAGGAGAGGCCAUGAUGACUUAGGUGAUCAUUACCUUGACUGUGGGGACCUCAGCAACGCUCUCAAAUGUUACUCACGAGCCCGUGAUUAUUGCACCAGUGCUAAACAUGUUAUCAACAUGUGUCUCAAUGUCAUUAAGGUCAGUGUUUACCUCCAGAAUUGGUCUCAUGUUCUGAGCUAUGUAAGCAAGGCUGAGUCUACACCAGAAAUCGCAGAGCAAAGAGGAGAAAGAGACAGUCAGACACAAGCAAUUCUCACCAAACUGAAAUGUGCAGCAGGUUUGGCUGAACUAGCUGCUCGGAAGUACAAACAGGCAGCAAAGUGCUUUUUGUUGGCAUCAUUUGAUCACUGCGACUUCCCUGAGCUGUUAUCUCCUAGCAAUGUGGCUGUGUAUGGUGGUCUCUGUGCCCUUGCUACCUUUGACCGUCAGGAACUGCAACGAAAUGUUAUCUCCAGCAGCUCCUUCAAAUUGUUCUUGGAGCUGGAGCCCCAGGUUCGUGACAUCAUCUUCAAGUUUUAUGAAUCCAAAUAUGCUUCAUGCCUGAAGAUGCUGGAUGAGAUGAAGGACAACCUGCUGCUGGAUAUGUACCUUGCACCUCAUGUCAGGACACUUUAUACACAAAUUCGAAACCGUGCCCUUAUUCAGUACUUCAGCCCUUAUGUGUCAGCAGACAUGCGCAAGAUGGCCACUGCUUUUAAUACCACAGUGGCUGCUCUGGAAGAUGAACUUACGCAGCUGAUACUGGAGGGACUGAUCAAUGCCAGAAUAGACUCUCACAGUAAGAUUCUUUAUGCUCGAGAUGUAGACCAGCGCAGCACCACUUUUGAGAAAUCGUUACUAAUGGGCAAAGAGUUUCAGCGACGUGCCAAAGCUAUGAUCCUGCGGGCAGCAGUCCUGCGCAACCAGAUACAUGUCAAGUCUCCUCCAAGAGAAGGUAGCCAAGGGGAGCUUACUCCAGCUAACAGCCAAUCCCGAAUGAGCACCAACAUGUGAAAAACUUCAUGCGCUACCAAAAGAAAUGGUCCCUCCAGGACUGUAUCCAGUGUCUCACCCUAAAACUGAUGAGCUUCACAAACUGUCCUUGGCUCCCUCACUUCUUGCUUUGUUGAGAGGGUCAGGGCUGAUGGAUAAUAAGAAUAUUCCAGAAACUUUAAUUCUCAUAGAAAAGAAAUUCUUUCUAAAACCAGCAUCCCUGCAAUGGGUUAUCAUUUCAGUGCUGGUAGGACAUCUCCCUCCAUUCUCCUUCAUCCACCACUCCGUGAACAAUUGUUAGGUUAUUCGUACAGAUGCUGAUUAGAAGGUUUUUCAGCUGCUAUUAAUUCUAUUGGUUCAAUGCUGCAAAAAUAAAUAGUGUUAAGUUGAAUGGACAGGUGUGAUCAAAGAUGAAUUUUGCUGGCCUGAAUGUAAUGCCUUGAAUUCUGAGCAGUGCACUGCUUUCUCUUUAUUUCAGAUAAACUCUAAGUGCAUUGUUGUCAAUUAUGGAGCUAGAGUUCUGAUUCUUUUGAGAAAUUCUUACGGAUUUUUUUUUUUUUUAACCUAUACCCAAACACAUAGCACUGCUUCCAUGCAUUCAGUCACAGGCCUGUAUUUUAGGUGGUUGUGUUCACCUGGAUCCAGGUUCUUUCUGUCUGGCUUCUGUUUUCAAAGACCUAUUUCCUGAUGUAUUUCGCAGCUGCACAUGACCUGGCUUUGGGGUCCAGUGUUACCAUAGCAGUAAAUCCCUACCUUAUGCAAAUACUGCUGUUUGUCCAGUCUUCCUGCCACAUUGUGUGAUGGUUUCCCAACAUGUGCAGCAGUUGCUUCUGGCAGCAUGGAUAAAUGCCAUAAAAUACCAUGCAAGUCCUGGGGCAGAGCUGAAAGCAGCCAGUCUAGAUGCCUGCUCUCCAGGUACAUUUAUUCUGCUUUCCCUUUUAUAAAGGGAUUAAAGGUGGCAGCCCAGGUGUGUGUGUGCAUGUUCUGUGUUAAUGAAAGGAGAUAUGCACUGAAUGUUCUGAAGUCACUGCAGCAUAAGGCAAGCUAAGAAUUUUGAUCCAGCUGGAUCUGGCUGGACUAACAAUUGACUGCAGAUGUUAUUGUUAAUGUGUUGGUUUUUUUUCCCCUAAUGAGCUGUUAUUACUAGUGCAUUAAACUGCAGGAUUAAAAAGCUUUGUAGUGUCUUGAGCUUUGUGUUAAAGUUGGUUUUUAGGUAUCUUUAUCUCAAGUCAUUGGUUUUCUGCUAAGCUUGAUGAUGUUUGGCAGGCCUCUUAUCUGGUUGGAGAUGUAGCUUGGAUGGACGGUGAAGAAAGGGCAGUUUGAGGAAAUGUUCUAAGAGCAAAAUCCCACACUGCUUUUGUACACAGCUGCUCAACUGCAGCAGUGCUCUCUCCCUCUGGCCCUCAGUGCUUUUUUUGACUUAGGUGCCAAAAAAUGGAAGCAAUAUUUCCUAUGAGGUCUUUGGUUGAAUGUCUUCCAUCUGGCACAGAGAAAAUAAUCACAUUUUAGAGGAGAGAAAGGAGGGAGCUAGUUAAUCAAGAACUUUGAGUCAGGAAUACUGAUGGCCAGUUUUGAGAGAAAGGGAAGCUGAGUCCUCAGGUAAAUUAUAGGUCCUUGUAGAAAUCCUGGAAAGUAAUGCUGUCUGUUCAUGCUGAAGCAAAGCUAUUAAAUUCUGCUGUAGUAUCUAACCUCCUUGCUUUCAGAUACUUUCUUCCAAGUUCAAAUGGGCCAGUGAUAGGAUUUUUAAGGAAAAGAUCUAACACCUUAUUCUUGAAAAGAUUUUGCAACCCAAUUCAAUGUAUUGUGUCAGUUGACUGUCUUUGCUGAUCCACACAUCUUCAGCUGUCGAUUUUUAUUUGGCUACUUCUGUCCCUUCCUGUAGGCUUUCUCCUGGAGGAAUCGUUAGUUGCAAGCAGAAGUCUUUUGCCUCUUCAGCAUGCUCUCUUGAGAAUCUCUGGUCUUUCAGUCUCUGACAGUUGUCUGCUCUUGUGAUGAGUUUCAUUUUCCUAUCUGGGAGGUGGCUAGAAGCAGUCAGCGUUAAGCCCACUAGGUGGCAAUAAUGGUUUCUUACUCAUCAAAAUGGGAAUGUUGCUGUAUUCCAAAGCAGUUCAAUAGCUAAGACAAGGCAAAGAUGAUCAGUUUCUUAUUUGCAGAUAAAAAUGUUUGCAUCCUCUCUGGGACAGAUAGAAUGUUCCUUUCUUGCUGCUCAGUUCACUGGCGUUGUUCAAGCAUAGCGUAUGAUUUUGCAUAGCGUUACCGGCAGCCUGUGAAGCCUCCUCUGGUAGCCUGUGAAGGGAGCUGCUGCAGCCUGAGAGUCUCCCAGAUGCAAGUCAGGACUGUCAAGUCUAUUUCUUCUAGACUUUACUCAAUUCCUACUUGAGUCUUAACAAGUCCUAACAACUUGCCAGUCCAAAGAUUAGGAAAUACAACAUAGCAGGGAUACAGCUCAGUAACUCCCAUUCAUAAACUAUUUUUUUCCAAAUUAGAGAUUAGAAUAAUCUUAAAUUUCCAAGGGGAAAGAAUAACACACAGUAAGAUGACUCCCAUAAGAUGAGUUUUCAGGGAUUCCCUGUGACCACUCAGCUAAUUCAGGGGAUGAAGUUUUGUGGUAUCUGCAGCAUGUUAAUAUGGCUAAGAUAUGUCCAGAGGAAGUUCAUUUUAAGUAUAUUUCAUUAACUUGUUCAGCACCUUUGGUUGAAAGGGAAGGAGUUGCCAAUGGUACGCCAUAAUUUAUGGUGCAUUCAUGUGGUGUAAGUUCCCUUCUUUUAGCCUGACUUGGCUAGGGAUAUAGGAAGAGCAGUCUGAAGGAAAGUGCUUUUGGUGAAAGCAGUUCACUUGCAGAUAGCACAAAAAUGACAAACUGCCAUUAUAAGAGUGUUGUGUUGGAGUAGUUCAAGCAUAGAUCAUCUUGAAGAAAAAAAACAACCUAAACCAACUUAAUUUGUGUAUUCAAAGUUCUUAUACCUUCUUUGUUCUUUUAUAUAGGAUGAAAAAUAGGUGAGAAAGGGGGAGCCAUGUGCUCCACAUGAAGUGCUCUCACCUUUUUCUUGUGCCACAUGUUGUGAGAACUGAGAUUAAUACAGGUGUGCAUUCUUUUUUCAGUAGUCCAUUAAGUAUUAAUUUGUAGUAUUUUAAAAAAUUUUAUGGAAUUGACCUCCACUUAUCUCUGAUACUGUUAGAGAACAGAGGUGGAUUACUCAGUGCUCUGUGCAUUAGCUUUGCCCUUUAACUGCUAUUGUUUUUGCUACUGCAUUUCCAUCUACUUGAACUGUAAAUCCAAUUCAAGGUUUUGUAGGCUCUAAUAGAACAACCUAGCUUUACGUUAUCUUAUAGGAUAACUUGAUCAGUCUAAAUUGAUUGUCUUGGGAACAGAAACAGGCUAAUAAGAAUAUAUCACUCUCUAAAAGAAAACUAUGAGAUUCAGUGGUUAGAAGUUAGGUAAAUUGCCGAUGCAAAUAAGACAAUUUCUUGACAGUAAAUCAUGGAUCAAAAUCGGGAUUUGGUAUACUUACCAAAAGCCAUAGAGAUAGGGGUAGAUGCAGAAGCAAGAGGUGGUCUAAUUCAAACAAUAAUUCAAGUGGCAAGACCUGGAGACUUGUCUUGUGUGGGAAUUCAGGCUAGGUAAUCUCGUUGUCCUUUAUCCCAUAAUACCAGUCUUCCAGUUCUCUAGUACUUCUGCAGCCAGAGCUUUGACUGUUAUACCAUCCUCUUGGAACUUAUGUCACUGUGAAGUGUAUGUGUACAUAAAGUUUGUGCCCUUGAAAUAUAUGCUGAGAUUCA